GCGCGGAUUUGGUGCGAUUUUGAUUUAAAAUUCACAACAACCCUACAAUCGUCCAUGGCAGAUUCCCAAUUUGUUGGAAUGUUUGCAAUAAAUUUACAAUAAUGUAACAUUUUUGAGUCACUGUUAUGAAUUUUCACUCGUGAAUAAUAAGAGUGAUCAAUUCUAACACAUACGAACAUUUGGUGGCCUGACAUUUCACCUUGAAAUCGACCAACGAGCUCGCCAAACCGACACUAUGUGUGUUUGUUAGAAAUAUAAUUUCAGGUCGUGUAAGUUCGUUGAUCAGGUACUAACUGUCUAAGAAAUGGUAGCAAUCCAUAAGACAAAGAGAGCGGAAACCAGUUAGACGACUCAUCGUCGUCGUGUUGGUUUCUUCCGGGAAAAUUCUAGUUUCAGUCUCGAUGGUUCAAAAGAAAAAAGUUUCACUAAUCAGCAGUGGUGGUUGCUGCCAUUAUGCUUACCGUCGUCAUUCUCGACGCAAGUGGUGACCAAGCAGACAAGAUGAAGCGAUCCGGUCGUGGUCGCACGGAGUACUAUAUCAAACGGCAUGGAAUUACGGUCGAGCGUUAUAACGUCACCACAGAUGAUGGCUAUCAGUUGAGAAUAUUCCGUCUGCUGCCGAAAGUGGCGACUCGAGGAGUUGCCCUGCUACAGCACGGAAUCCGGCAAUCCUCAGCAAAUUGGUUGGCGCUGAAUCGGAACCUUCCUCUGCAGCUACUGGACGAGGGUAUAGAAGUAUGGCUCGCAAACACUCGGGCGUCCACGGAAGGUUCGACUCACAUCAGUCUGAGUAGUUCGUCGGCCGAAUUCUGGGACUUUAGCUUCCACGAAUUUGGCUACUUCGAUCUGCCUGCCAUUGUGGAUACCAUUUUGGUCAUAUCGCGUUGGAAGCGAAUCCACGUGAUUGCCUUCUCUCAAGGUGCGGCUGCUGUCCUGAUUUUCCUAACCAAGCGGCCCAUGUAUAGCAAGAUGAUUGCAUCACUAAAUCUGCUGGCUCCGGCCGUCAUCAUGGCCAAUAGUCGGUGGACCAUGCUGGCUGUACUCUACAUCACCUUCAAACCCAUUCUUCCAUGGAGUCUCCAACGAUUCGUUACCGGAAGCGAUGAAUUUUAUGGAAACUCCCAGAAGGAGCUGGUACACUUUCAACUACUGAUGCUUAGUGGUCGAUUUUUGGCGUUCGAUUACGGACCGAAAGCCAAUCUGGAACUGUACGGUAGUUCGGAUCCUCCAGAAUACCCGCUUGGUAAGGUCAGUUGCCCGGUGACUCUGCACUACGGUGGUGUGGAUCGAACCGUACAUCCAAAAGACGUGAAACGUCUCAGUACGCUAUUUUCCGGCAGUGCCAGUGUUGACAUGUUCCGGUACAACCGAAUGGAUCAUCUGGACUUUUUGAUCCGGCAGGAAGCCUCUAGUGAAGUGUAUCCUUCAGUUGUCUAUGCAGUGGUGAAGCAGCUGUAGGUUGUGGAAGUGAUAUUGAUGUCAUAGUAGUUUAAGGAUUUCGUAAAUCGUAAAACACGUAUUAUUAGCGAUAAUUAGAAGGAGAGGAAAAGUCUUGAUGAAAGCUCAAAACGUAGGACGUUUGUGCAGUAAGGAGAGUCUGAUGUGUUUCGAUUAUGGAGAUCGAAGAUGAAGUAGUCAAAAACGAAAGUUCGAUAAUCAAAAUUUCAUCAAAAGCCAUUGUUUUAUUUAACUGAGUACCUGUUGGGUCUGGCCCUUCUAGAUUACAACCCAAUUCAAUUGUAAAAAUUAAACUUUAUAAAUCAAUAAAUGAAUUUGAAUUGCAUUAUUCCGUCAGUUCGUACAAAAGCAUAAAAAAGACAGGUCUUGACAUUCCGGUAACAAAAUAACAUCUUCUCGAUGUUGCAAGUUAUGCAAGUUAUUAUGUAAUUUUAUCAUCGCUAAUAAAUGAACUUAAAUUCAAACAACCUUAACAAUAAUUCCUGAUUUACGUGCAUAAAUGCAUGUCGCGCUGGUCUUGUCUGCGUCUUUGUGUGAGAAUGUUCUGCCGCUGGCAGAAACCAGUUCAGAAAUGUCAAUUUUUUC